AUGCCGUCAUGCAUACCCCAAUGCCGCCGUGCAUGUCCCCACGUGUGUGCUGGGCAGGCGGGGCAGACGAGGCAGGCGAGGCAGGGAGGGGAGACGGGGAAGGCGGUGCAACAGACAGGCGGGUUGGAGGUGCACGCAGGGCAGGCGGGGCAGGCGGGGCAGGCGGGGCAGGCGGGGCAGGCGGGGCAGGCGGGGCAGGCGGGGCAGGCGGGGCAGGCGGAGCAGGCGGGGCAGGCGGAGCAGGUGGGGCGGCAGAUGGGAUUGUCGGGGGAGGAGGCUGCGAGGGUGGUGAGGAGCAACGAGGGCGACGUGGCGUUGGCGUGGGCCAGACGCACCCAGGCGCGCGGCGGGUGGUGCCACGGGCAGCACACCACGCAGGUCGUGGCGGCGCCCGGUGCGGACGGGCGCAGUGGAGUGCCCCCGCAGGGCACCUGCUUGGGAGAAGAUGCGGUCGGGGCGCGGGAAGGGGGAGGGAAGGACGCGGCGAGGGGCAAGGUGGCGAGGAAGGCGAGCGGCAUCUCGAUGCUGCCGCCGGUGACGGCCCUGCCCCGCUACACUGCCUGGCGCGUUGCCUCCCACAACGGGGUGCGGGUGGACAUGGACGAGCAGGGGAAGCCAGGCGAGGAGGAGGGGAUGGGCACGAGGGCCACGGGCACCACCAGCCAGGGAGGGGCCUCGUGUGCUCCCGAGGAGCUGCCUUUCAGUGCUUUGAUUGUCAGCGGCACGACAACAGCCCCAACACCACAUUUACGGUGCCCUUCCCUGCUGCCCACCCCUGCCGCCCACCCCUGCCGCCCUAACUUGCCGCCCAACCCCUCCCCUGCCACCCUCCCCUGCCGCCCUCCCCUGCCGCCCUCCCCUGCCGCCCUCCCUUGCUACCCUCUCCACUGUGCACGAGUUGCCAGUUACGACCUCACGGCGCCCUUCAUCCCUCCCUCGCAGCCACCCCAACCACCCGCUGUGGCCUGUAGCCUGCACUGCCACGUGCUGGUAUGCCAUCUGCCACGUGCUGCAGGCACGUGCACUCCUAUCUUCCCUUACACGUGCACUCCUAUCUUCCCUUACACGUGCAUUCCUAUCUUCCCUUACACGGGCACUCCUAUCUUCCCUUACACGGGCACUCCUAUCUUCCCUUACACGUGCACUCCUAUCUUCCCUUACACGGGCACUCCUAUCUUCCCUUACACGUGCACUCCUAUCUUCCCUUACACGUGCACUCCUAUCUUCCCUUACACGUGCACUCCUAUCUUCCCUUACACGUGCACUCCUAUCUUCCCUUACACAGGCACUCCUAUCUUCCCUUACACGUGCACUCCUAUCUUCCCUUACACGGGCACUCCUAUCUUCCCUUACCUGUGCACUCCUAUCUUCCCUUACACGUGCACUCCUAUCUUCCCUUACACGUGCACUCCUAGCUUCCCUUACACGUGCACUCCUAUCUUCCCUUACACGUGCAUUCCUAACCAACGCUGCAGAGUGGCCGUCACACCUGCAGCGACAUACACGCCGUGCUGCUGCGCCUUCAAGAGGUGGGAGUGGCUGGCAGUGCCAGCAUGCUCUCAAUACGUGGCAGUGCCAGCAUGCUCUCAAUACGUGGCAGUGCCAGCAUGCUCUCAAUACGUGGCAGUGCCAGCAUGCUCUCAAUACGUGGCAGUGCCAGCAUGCUCUCAAUACGUGGCAGUGCCAGCAUGCUCUCAAUACGUGGCAGUGCCAGCAUGCUCUCAAUACGUGGCAGUGCCAGCAUGCUCUCAAUACGUGGCAGUGCCAGCAUGCUCUCAAUGCGUGGCAGUGCCAGCAUGCUCUCAAUGCGUGGCAGUGCCAGCAUGCUCUCAAUACGUGGCAGUGCCAGCAUGCUCUCUAUGCGUGGCAGUGCCAGCAUGCUCUGAAUGCGUGGCAGUGCCAGCAUGCUCUCAAUGCGUGGCAGUGCCAGCAUGCUCUCAACACGUGGCAGUGCCAGCAUGCUCUCAAUACGUGGCAGUGCCAGCAUGCUCUCAAUACGUGGCAGUGCCAGCAUGCUCUCAAUACGUGGCAGUGCCAGCAUGCUCUCAAUACGUGGCAGUGCCAGCAUGCUCUCAAUACGUGGCAGUGCCAGCAUGCUCUCAAUACGUGGCAGUGCCAGCAUGCUCUCAAUACGUGGCAGUGCCAGCAUGCUCUCAAUACGUGGCAGUGCCAGCAUGCUCUCAAUACGUGGCAUUGCCAGCAUGCUCUCAAUACGUGGCAGUGCCAGCAUGCUCUCAAUACGUGGCAGUGCGAGCAUGCUCUCAAUACGUGGCAGUGCCAGUAUGCUCUCAAUACGUGGCAGUGCCAGCAUGCUCUCAAUGCGUGGCAGUGCCAGCAUGCUCUCAAUACGUGGCAGUGCCAGCAUGCUCUCAAUACGUGGCAGUGCCAGCAUGCUCUCAAUACGUGGCAGUGCCAGCAUGCUCUCAAUACGUGGCAGUGCCAGCAUGCUCUCAAUGCGUGGCAGUGCCAGCAUGCUCUCAAUGCGUGGCAGUGCCAGCAUGCUCUCAAUGCGUGCCUCACUCCAGCAGUGAGCACGAGGGGCCUCAUUCCGUUCCUCUCACUCAAGGCGCCUCAGUUGUGUUCCCCAUGCCUGCUGUGUCGCAGGCCUCACAUGCAGCCGGCACACAGCCGGGUGUGCCUCGCACCGCGCUGCGCCCAGAGUGCUGCGUGCACCCGCCAGCGCCCGUGGCGCCACCCUCUGCUGUCGUGAAGGCGCUGCUGCAGCAGCGGGCGCACAUUCCCCCCUGCCAACUCGUGAGUGCAGCCGGCAGAGUGGUGAGUGCAGCCGGCAGAGUGGUGAGUGCAGCCGGCAGAGUGGUGAGUGCAGCCGGCAGAGUGGUGAGUGCAGCCGGCAGAGUGGUGAGUGCAGCCGGCAGAGUGGUGAGUGCAGCCGGCAGAGUGGUGAGUGCAGCCGGCAGAGUGGUGAGUGCAGCCGGCAGAGUGGUGAGUGCAACGGUGGUGCUGGGAGGUGUGUGGCGGUGUUUGCAGCAGUGUUUCAACCGCACACAUGGCUCAAUCCCAAUGCCUCUCUACACUCCAUGCACCACACCCCUCGGCCCGCCCAUGUGUCCCCCGUGGCCCCCCGUGCCUGGCAGGAGGCAUACACCCCAUGUGCGUGUGCGGGGGAGUGCGCGCGGGGCAGCUGUGAGUGCCGCAAGGGAAAGAACUUCUGCGAGAAGCAGUGCAGGUAGCGGGUUGGUGGGGGCAGCAGCGCAGGUAGCGCGUUGGUGCGGCGCGGACUGCCCCAACAGGUUCCCCGGGUGCGCGUGCAAGGGCAAGUGCAACACCACCUCGUGCAUCUGCCGCCGCGCCGGCCGUGAGUGCGACCCCGACACCUGCCGGCACUGCAUGGGCCGAACCCCCUCCCCUGCCCUCCCCUGCCCCUCUGCCCCUCUCUGCCCUCCUCUUCCCCCCUCUGCCCUCCCUGCCCUCCCCUGCCCUCCCCUGCCCUCCCCUGCCCUCCCCUGCCCUCCUCUGCCCCCCUGUGCCCCCCGCUGCCCUUCUCUGCGUGCGUGUGCCCGCAUGCACAUGGCAGCACGGAGCCACAGUCGUGCUGCAACAUGCAGCUCUCCCGCCGCCACUCCGUGCAGAGAGCGGGCGGACUUGCAUGAUGCCGGGCGGGGAGAGCUGGUGGGGGAGUACACGGGGGAGGUGCUCACAGAGGAGCAGUCCACUCGCCACGUCUUCGAGUUCGACCUCACCAACCAGGAGCUGCUGGAUGCGGAGUGGAAGGGGAGUGCCCUCAAGUUUGCCAACCAUUCACAAACCAACCCCAACUGUGAAUGCAAGCCCUCCCGUCCCUUUACCCCUCCCGUCCCUUUACCCCUCCCGUCCCUUUACCCAUCCCGUUCCUUUACCCCUCCCACGCGCGUGCCAUGGCAGGUUGUGAUGGUGGGCGGGGUGCACCGGGUGGGCAUCUACGCGCUGCGCGACCUCAAAGCGGGCGACGAGGUGCUCUACGACUACUGCCGCAACGGUGGCAGCAGCAGCAGCAGCGGGGGGCGGCGGCUGCCAGAGUUCAGCAUCAAGGAGCCACCAAAGGAGGAGAGGGAGUGUCGUGAAACAAGGAGAGGUGCGGUCAAGUAG